CAUUUGCUGUCUUGGACAUGAUUAUAAUUUGUUGUCUUGAAUUAAAAGUUCUCGGAUCCAGGAAAGAUAUUCUAUAUCAGUUCUAUCGGAGUUCAUGAAGGUUGUUUAAAUUUCUAUCUUCUUAAACCACAUACAUAUCACCACUUUUAACCUCCAAGGGGAGACCACGUUUUUCCGAGCAUGAACUCAUGGUCAAGAACGCCAUACAGUUAGGUGUGAUAACUAACUAACCUCAUGUAUUUUGCAUCAUAAAUAUAUGAAUUUUGAUUAAUUUUCUUUCAUCUCUCAAUGACAUCUACCUUGCCCUGGAAAACACGAAUAUUACUCUGGGUAAUUAACACCGGGUUACACCUAAUUACCCGGAAAGACGGCACGGUGAACCGCUGUCUUAUCAAACUCGUAGACUUCCGGACACCGCCGUCGUCCAAACCAAUCAACGGUGUCAAGACAUACGAUGUCAUGGUGGAUCCAACUCGCAAGCUUUGGUUCCGCGUGUUUGUCCCCACACAGUACACGGUUGAAGAUCUUCCAGUAAUCGUGUUCUUUCACGGGGGUGGAUAUGUUGCUGUCUCCCCGGAUGCCACGAUCACCCACGAUUUUUGCUGCAGGUUUGCGAGAGAAUUGCAUGUGAUAGUUGUUUCUGUUGAUUAUCGUCUUGCACCGGAGCAUAGACACCCUUCGCAACAUGAAGAUGGGUUUGAUGUGCUGAAAUUUCUUGACAAUGAAGAAAACAGGUCGAUAUGGUUGCCGGAGAAUGCGAAUAUUUCACGUUGCUUUAUCGCGGGUGAUAGCGCUGGCGGACACAUAGCUCAUCAUGUUGUUCUAAGAGCUUCACAGUCUAACUUCCAACAACUCCUGGUAAUCGGGCUAGUGGCAAUCCAUCCAUUCUUUGGCGGGGAGGAGCGAACAGAUUCUGAGAUACGGCUGGCUGGAUCAGCGCCUAUCCUGUCAACGAAACUUACAGAUUGGUUAUGGAACGCAUUCAUGCCGCUAGGUGAACCCUACAACCGAGACCAUCCAAUCAUCAAUGUUAGCGGGCCCAAUAGCGUGGACAUAUCAAAAACGGAUUUUCCAGCAACCAUGGUGGUUGUGGCUGGGUUUGAUAUUCUACGAGAUUGGCAAAUAAGGUACUACGAGUGGCUCAAGAAAUCCGGGAAAGAAGCAUACUUGGUGGACUACCCAAACAUGUUUCACGAUUUCUGCUUCUUCCCUGAGUUGCCGGAAUCGGACCAACUUAUUUUGGAAGUGAAGGACUUUCUUCACAAGGUGUUGUUAAAGGCAUGCUCAGCUCCAAUGUAAAUACCUAUAAAACACGUACAAGACAUAGAAGAAAGGUCUACUUGGAACAAAAAAAAUAACUGAUUU